AUGUCGAAUCGAUACGACCGACCUCCUCCCUCCCGCGAGGGCAACGGUUAUGGAAAUUUUGGACGCUCCAACGAUGAUUAUAGACCUGGCUACCAAGAUGGCUACGGAAGCGAACGAUAUGCCACGCCGCCCGUAACCCAGCAGCCGCGACCACCGCCCAGUCUUCGACAGAUGUCCUCUCGAUCACGGGUACCACAAGUUCAAGCUCAACCGCCGGUGCCUGAGACUUAUGCCGCGCGACAGAUCACCGAAGUUAUAGAUCAUAUCAAGAAAGAGUGGCCUUCGAUGUGUCAAGACGAUUGCGUUCCGGUUCAGCUGUCGCUACAGCUUCUCGAUAGAAGCUCGGUUGGUCGCGCCCAUGAUUACGGUCAAUUUCAGCAAUCGCAUAAUUAUCUACAAGAGUCCCUCAAGGGUAUCGUCCACGAGCAUCAUCAAGGCUUUAACAGUUCGAUUGGUACUUUCCAUAAGAUUCAAAGCAGUAUCCAGCAGUCCCAAAAGCGAGUACGUGCUUUGAAGGAAUCAUUAGCCAGUUCUAAAACGAGUCUUUGCGCCACGGACCCAGAAUUGAAGAAGCUUUCAAAAACAUCACAAGAGUUCGAUGCCCUUGUUCAAACGCUUAAUGAGCUAGAUGAUCUCCGGGCAGUGCCAGAUCAGCUGGAGGCAAGAAUAUCUGAGAAGCGUUUCUUGACAGCUGUGGAGGUGCUUCAAACUGCUCUUCGAAAAUUGCGAAGACCCGAGCUUGACGAUAUCGGUGCUCUUACUGAACUGAGGAGCUAUCUCGCGAAUCAAGAGACUGCCCUGAUGGACAUUCUGGUGGAAGAGCUGCAUGAGCAUCUAUACCUCAAGUCGCCAUACUGCCAGGAAAGGUGGCAGAACCUGGCUAAGACACAGGGCGCAGUUACAGAAGGUUAUUCUGACAUCAAGCCCAUCGCACCAUUUCACCUCGUUCUUGACGCCAUCGACAUUGAUAAAACCGUCAGGGAAGACCCUAUGAAGAACCCUGAAGCCGAUACGUUCUACUACGUAGGACUGUUGGUAGAAUCUUUGAAUAGAUUGGGGCGACUGCAGAAUGCUGUUGAGACUCUGAAACAAAGACUCCCAGUUGAGCUUUUUACCAUCGUGAACGAGACUAUCAACGAGGUGGAUCAAAGACAUCCCAGCUCAUUACGUGGAGGUUCGAUCAGAGGCGAUGGACUUCACGUUUAUGGAACUCGCGAAACACAAAUGCGAGCAGAUGUCAUUUACGAUCUUUUAUGGUCGCUAUAUGGCAAGUUCGAGGCAAUCGGAGAAGGCCAUCGUGUAUUCCACGAGUCUAUCAAAGUUCUUAUUCGACGUGAGGGCGCUGGUAACAACAGUGCUCUCCUCGGUAGCUUCAAAGAACUCUGGAAUCUUUACCAAAACGAGAUCAGGUCCUUACUGCACAAUUAUGUCACAACAGACGCCGACGUCUUCCAGUUCGAUUCACCGAACCCCGGGGAUACUCUUCACGGCAAGAAGGAUGUACGAGAGCAUCUUUUCAAAUUCUCUGAAGCCAACACAAAGUCUGUUGAAAUGACGAGUGAGUAUGAUGCUCUCGAUAACAUCAUCCAAGACGCGGUCCCUGGACUAGGGUCGCGGAAGCAAGACAGAAAAGGACGGAAUGCGCCAGAGGGUGGAAGAAGAGGAGGAGGAGAUGGGGGCUUCGGAAGCAGUCAUCAAACAACAGGCUCGUACAAAUCUCUGGUGGAACCUAGUGUUUUCAACAUGAGCUUGUUACUACCACCGACGUUGGUGUUCUUGCAACGACUCAGAAGCAUCGUGCCUCCCGGUUCAGACCUCGCAGCAAGCACGCUGACGACGUUUUUGGACAAUUUCUUGGUCAAUGUUUUCCAGCCGCAGUUGGACGAGACACUGGCCAAGCUAAGUGAUACAGUCUUUGGAGAAGCAGACGCGUUUUCUCAAGACCCGGCCUGGAGCCUGGUGGCACGUCGGCCUGUGUUCCGAGGAACGACGGCUUUCUUUGAGGUCGUGACGGCAUUCUGUCGGAUGCUGGGCACGAUCCCUCCAGACCAAGCACUCAGCUCUCUUAUUGUUACUCAAAUGAUGCGAUACUACGACCGCUGCUUCAGCUGGUUCAAAACACUCGUUGUUAAAGCACAGGACCAGGCCACAGAGAUUAGCAACGAAAAUCUGAGGGCAUCGGCGCGCUUCUCCUUGGAUCAGGGAGAACUCCAAGAAACGAUGAAGAAGCUAUUCACGUCGGACGAGAUGGACUGGGAACUAGCAGAGAAGGAGAUUCAUCUUUUGAUAGAGGUUGCGAACGAAUCGCCACUAGAUUCAGGGGAUGUCAUUCAGGAUAGAGAUUCAAUCUCAUCCCUCUGUCUCUUGUACACCAGCAUGAAAUGGCUUGCCGUUAAGAUUGCUGGACUACGGCAGAUCACGACGCACGACACGGAUACGUCACGACAGAACCUACCACGACACUCAAGCCGACGAUGGACUCUUAUGAACGACCCGGGCAAGACCACUGGUGAAGAGGGACCUGUGUCACUGCCACUGACGCAGGAGACUGUACAGGCGUUUGACAGCAUCGUGUCAUCUUUCGAGGAACUUGCAGGAACGGCACUAUUAACCCUCCACAUGGAGAUUCGCUGCCGUAUAGUUCAUUCGUUGAGCAUUGCAUUGUCACCUAGUGUGGCGCCUUACCUGCUUGACCAGGAAGUAAGCGAGCCUGAUCCACAAAUUCUGAGCCUCAAUUCAGAAUUGGUAUUCCUUGAUGAGACCAUCGUGAGAUAUCUUAGAGAGAAGGAGAUUGCCUUCAUCAGGACGGGUCUGGGUCUUCUCAUCAACUGCUACCUCGUAAGCAACGCAUGCAAGGCAUCGCCCAUGAAUGACAAGGGCUGCGGACGCAUGCAGCUCAACAUCCUCGUACUGCAGCAAAAUCUGAAGAACGUGGAAGAAGGGGUAGACCUUGCACGUGCAGCAAACUACUUCUCUCUAUACGAGCAAGGCGCUGAUGCUAUCGUGGAGAAGGCGAAGGAGGACAAGGAGCAGCAGCGGGGCACCAGCGCGCAAGACCCGGAUAACUUUUCAUACGAUGAGCUCAAGGCACUCGUAGAGCUUUGCUACAGUGAGGCCAUGGCGAAUCCUGAGCGAGGUAUCGCCACUGCAGCCAAGAGGCAGAUGCAGGACAAACUGCUCGGGCUGAGUGAGCACAUGUGGCAGACAUAG